UUCUCAACGUCUAGGUUCGCUGAGGAGUGUACUGUAUGUACAGUACAUUACAAGUAAGGUCCAAGCCAGUAGCCAGUGGUUCAUACACCACGAGCCAAACUCCUCCCGUCGCGAAACCGGAACGUACCGCAAACCACUAGCUACCUACACGCAAUUGCGUUCGCCUGGCGAACCGCGGCUCUCGCUCACCAGGACCGCAACCUCGACGAGUUAUUUGCCUUUGGCGCAUGUGAUUCCGGCCCCGGCGCAUCGCGUUUAGAACCCCUCUCCAGCCUAGGCUCAUGAUGUCGUACUUCUUCGCGACCCCGGUCGACAUCGACAUCGUCCUGGACGAUGCCGACGAGCGGUCAAUGGUCGAUGUCAAGCUCGACAAGAACCGGAGAGAGAAGGCUCCGCUAUACAUGGACGGCGAGUCGGUCAAGGGUGCCGUGACGGUGAGGCCGAAGGACGGCAAGCGGUUAGAGCACACGGGCAUCAAGGUGCAAUUCAUUGGCACAAUAGAAAUGUUCUUCGACCGGGGCAACCACUACGAGUUCCUCUCCCUCAACCAAGAGCUCGCCGCGCCGGGCGAGCUGCAACACCCGCAAACCUUCGACUUCAACUUCAAAAACGUCGAGAAACAGUACGAGUCGUACAAUGGCAUCAACGUCAAGCUGCGCUACUUUGUGCGCGUCACUGUGUCCCGCCGCAUGGCCGACGUGAUCCGCGAGAAGGACAUCUGGGUCUACAACUACCGCAUGCCGCCCGAGUUGAACAGCAGCAUCAAGAUGGAUGUCGGCAUUGAGGACUGCCUUCAUAUCGAGUUUGAGUACAGCAAGAGCAAGUACCAUCUCAAGGACGUUAUUGUCGGCCGCAUCUACUUCCUUCUCGUGCGCCUCAAGAUCAAGCAUAUGGAGCUCAGCAUCAUCCGUCGCGAGACCACGGGCGCGGCGCCGAAUCAAUACAAUGAAAGCGAGACGCUAGUGCGGUUUGAGAUCAUGGAUGGCUCGCCAUCACGUGGAGAGACCAUCCCCAUCCGACUGUUCCUGGGCGGCUUUGAUCUCACCCCAACCUUCCGGGACGUCAAUAAGAAGUUCUCUACAAGAUACUACCUGAGCCUGGUGCUGAUUGAUGAAGACGCGAGGAGGUACUUCAAACAGUCAGAAAUUAUUCUUUAUCGGCAGGCACCCGAAGUGUCCAACGGUCAGGAACAAGCAGCGUUGCCGAAUCCGCCUGUAGAACAGGGGAAAGAGGUUAGGGCACUUCCGGCAUGAUGUUUACCUGAAAGCCGAACAUGGGGGCAUAGUAACGUUGCGGUUGUUCGCGGGUUGUAUGCGAGCGGGAAGAGUGGGUAAUUUUGCAGCAUGGGCAUGGCGUUAAUCGAUUCGGGCAUCCAAGAGACCGUGUUUCGUUUCUAAUCUUUCAGAGAUGGU